AGACUUCCACAGAACAGAGUUUCAUGAGUUUGGAAGUCUGCAGGGACCGGUAGAACUAGAAAAUCCGACCAGCCUUGCCGUACAAAGGGAUUUUGCUACUUGCGGCAUUUUCACUACAUUUCCAGAAAAGACAGCCACCCAUUUCUUACAUGUCAUCGAACUGGGGUGGGCAGUGAUGAAGUGAGGGGGGGGGUACCUGGAAGGCAUCUGAAAUGGAAGAGCGAGUAGUAUGUUACAGACAGCUGUUUCCAGAGAUGCUGCAGGGGACGUCCGCCUGCCCGUCGCGAGGUGAAGAGCAAGACUAAACAAGGCAUUUACCUCGACUUUCGGUAACGGUUGUGAUUCAAGACCACUACAGUACAUGCAUCCUGUGUUUGAGCGUCAACACUUGGAACACAGCUGAAAUUAAGCAGGCAAGGAACCCCUGUAUUUUAACUCCUGCAGGAGUAACACAAAUGGGACUGCAUUUUGGACGCAGGUCUGCUUUGGUUUAUGAUGAGAGGUGAAGACUUGGCUGAGAUCUGCGGCAGUCUUGCUGUUUCCGUCUUGCUCCAUGGGACCAUGUGACCAUGCCAGCCUGGACCAGCAAGCCAGCCAGCCAGAGUGACACACCACAGCAGGACCACGUACCCCUACUCCCGGAUACAGGUGGGGGCACCACCAGCAAAGACAAUGGGCUAUAAUGACUCAAGCGACAUCAGUUUGGGAGGUGAGGAGCUGCACUGGCCAUCGCUGCUCACAGUCCUGUUCAUCAUCCCUACCAUUGGCGGCAACAUCCUGGUCAUCUUGGCCAUCUCACUGGAGAGGAAGCUGCAGAACGCCACCAACUACUUCCUGCGGUCUUUGGCAGUGGCCGACCUUCUGGUCGGCCUGUUAGUGAUGCCCAUCGCUCUUGUCGACAUGCUCUACAAUUACAUAUGGCCUCUCCCAACACUCCUUUGUCCCAUCUGGAUCUUCCUGGACAUACUUUUCUCCACAGCCUCAAUCAUGCAUAUGUGCGCCAUCUCCCUGGAUCGGUACACUGCUAUCAAAAGGCCCAUCCAACACAGUCAGUACAAUUCCAGAUCAAGGGUCAUGCUCAAGAUCGCCACCGUGUGGCUAAUCUCCGGGAGUAUUUCAGUUUACAUUCCUAUUGAAGGUCUGACAAACACCAAUAUGACUCUUUCUAGUAAUUGUACAUGCGAGUUGACUAAGGGGGAUUUCAUCCGAUAUGGCUCCUUGGUGGCUUUCUUCAUCCCUUUGAUCAUCAUGAUGGUCACCUAUGUGCUAACUAUUCGGGUGCUGCAGAAGAAAGUCUACCUGCUUAGGUUCACAGCCAACCAGAAUUUUCGCAGGUGUUCCAGCCCUCCAGUCCUCCAAAAGGAACCAACCACAGGCUUCUCUGCAGAUAGGGUGACAAUGUUGGAGAGUUCAACUAGCCCAGUUGCAAACAAGGAGAUGCAUUUCCGCAGGAUGUCCACCAGGGGCUGGAAGUGCAUGCUGAACCUGAGCAAUGAGCAGCGCGCCUCCAAAGUCCUAGGCAUAGUCUUCUUGCUCUUUGUGGUCAUGUGGUGCCCAUUCUUCAUCACCAAUGUCAUCUCAGCCGAUGUAAAGGAGGAACUGACCACACAGCUCCUCAGAAUCUUUGUUUGGGUGGGCUAUGUCUCCUCUGCUAUCAACCCAUUGGUGUACACGCUCUUCAACAAGACCUUCCGCAUGGCCUUCAGUCGUUACAUGACCUGUGACUAUAGCAGAAUGACGACUUCUGUGAGCAAUGUCAGGAAUGGCACUGGGCUUGUGGUGCAGCAGGGCUCCCUCCGCCUGCGCCGUCCAACCAUGCAGUCCUCCACCACCCAUCUGUUAGACCAGAGUGAGGUUCCACAGUGAGGAAGAGGACAGCAGGCCAGAGGAUCAUGUAAAGACCACCGGAGCAUCAUGGGAAAGCUAGAGCUGAGUGGCCAUCAGAGCAUCAUGGGAAAACUAGAGCUGAGUGCCCAUCAGAGCACACAGUGUUGUUUAUCAAUACCAAGAAUGCAAAGAUCGUACUUGUGAUCUUGACAAGACCGGACUUGCUAACUUGCCUCCAAAGAACGAACUUGGGGCGCAAUGCAUUAUGGGAUUGGUCUUGUUUGGCGAGGAUGCAACUGAUAUAUCCUUGGUAUUUGGGGAGGGGGAAAAAACUACGUCAGGAUUUUAGAACUGGAACGGAUCCUCGUUAAUGGAACUUUGAUGUCAAUCGAAUAUGCAAGAACACAAGUACGAUCAAGUACGUAUAUUGAGAAAGACCCCGUAUGUCAGCUGGUGUGCUGUAUGAUUUAAAAACCAUACUUUAUUCAGAGAAAGCUCGAUACAGCGUUGAAACAUGGACGGAUUUCAACAUGAUAUGGAGUAUAACAUUCUAUAUGGAUUUUUUUUUUACUUUUUGGGUCUGAACACACAGCUGCAUGAGACAGGGGCCAACAGAAGAUGGGAAAGAUACCCUCUUCCAUUGCACCUGUGCAACGCUCAAAUACUUGGAGAUCGAAUGGUGAUGCAAGUGCCAUAACCGAGCGAGAUGAACCAUUGAGAUUAAUGCAUGUCUUUUCUAAGUUGGGGAACCAUGGAGGAAUUACUCCGUAUUUUCAGUCGCCGCAGAGAGAGGCCUCAUUUCCAUGGUUCUUGCGCAAUGCAAAUCAAAGCAAACUGUGAUAAUAUAAACUAUCGUGGGGGUGUUUUGCAAAGUUCAGUGGAAUUUUAAUGCAAAAUGCAUGGUCUAAAAGCAAUGCCAGGUUUAAAAGCCUGAAACGGGUGCCUGUUUUAUUUCCAAUAACGAAGGCAGGAGUCAUUAAGGUACUGCAACCUCUAAAUCACAAGAGAUUGUUUGCAGUGGCCUUGUUAAAUGUCACAGUUGUAUUACAGUUGAGAUUGCUUUAAUAAGUAGGGUUAUCUCAAAGACUUAUCUUAAAUUGGUCCACCUAGUGCCUCCGCCUUGGACAGACCUACUAUUUUUACACUGCAUACAUUACCUGCCAAAAGUUUACACACACAUUGAGAUUUUCUACAUUUACUAAAAAUAUACCCAAUGCUCUUUGUUGACAAAUAAAUUUACAGUAUGUUCACUAUUUGACUACUUUUAUUAGCAAGAAAAUGUCAUAUCUUUGAUUGAUCAAAAUAACAUCCUCUAGUAGAUAACAGCAGGGAAAAUUUGAGGCAAUUUAAAAAAUUUUAAAUCUCUUCCAUACUCCUGUGUGUUUCUUAUGUUCCAUUCAGGCUGAUUGUACUUAGUAUGAGAUGCACACUUGCAUGCCCCUGUGGACUGUCAGGUAAUAAUAGUACAGUAAAGAACAAUGAGUACCACUGCCAGACAAUAAGGAAAACCAGGAACAGUAAUACAGACAAUAACUCAACACAAUAGCAUAAAAAUUACACAAAAAAUUGGUCACUAUAAAAAUUUAUAAAACAUUACAGCAUCUUCUAUUGACAAUCAUAAGGCAUUAUAAUGUCGAUUAUAAUACUUCAUAAGCUCCAACGACAUUCUUAUCUAUAAUGCACUAUUAAUUCCUUCUUAAUUCAUUAUAAUGGAUGGCAUAAGCCUUGAGGAUGCUUUGUACUGCAUUAUAAAGAUAUCUAUAGUGCAUCACAGAUGGGAGCUUCAUAAAGCAUUAAUAAUGCGUUAUAAAUAUGGCUAUCAUGUGCUAUGUCUUUUGAUAAAUGUUUAUAGCUGUGUUUAUAAUGUUACGGGUCAGGGUGGAGGAGGGCUUGUUUCCCAUCUGCAGAUGCUGAGCUCUGCCAGUAAGAAGGUCCAUAAUCCAGUUUGAAAUUCUAAAUCCUCAGUCCAGAAAUUUGGUAACAAACCUUAACAGGUGGGAACUAUGUACACCCUCAUAGAGACAUUAAAAGUGUCAAUGAAAAACCAACAAGCUGGUCACUGCCGGUCACUUUCAAAAUGCAUCUUGAAAUUCCAUUUGGACCAGGUGCUCUGAAGGUAUUCAUGCUUAUAAUCUUUUUUUUAAAGUUCUACUCACUUCCCCUACGGAGACAAGUUGUAGGAUGCUAUGGAGAAUCAUUGCUUGCAAGAUAAAAACACGAUUUUAAUGUUUUCUGGGUGUUGAGGGUAGAAUUCCAAUGGGUCAUAAACAUGGUCAUCUUUGGUCUGUAGUUUAUGAGGUUGUGAAUGCCCAGUGAUAUUCAAUGAGCAUCCCAAGUUUUGGUAUAUGCUGUCAAAAAAAAUACCAAUUUCUACCAUUGAGGGUACAUUAAUGUUGCUUGUACCCUGGGGAACAAAACUAUACCAGAGCUGUACCCAUUUUUCUGGUAUUUUUCCAGUAUUCCAUUUUCACCUGUUUUAUUGAUUUCCACAUUUGUACCGGCAUUUUUUUGUGCCUCUGUUUGUCUCUAAAAUCAUGUGUCACCCUUCAUAAAAUCAUGGAUGUGUCUAAUAA